GGGGCGGGCUCUCCGGGCUGUGGUGCGCGCGCAGACGCCCGCCUCCUUGCGGGCUGCGACCUCGGUUCCAGCCCAGGUGCGGGCCUGCAGGUGUCACCGCCAUGGCCGCCUCGCUUCUGCUGCGGCAGGGACGAGCUGGGGUGCUGAAGAUUUUGCUUCCAGAAGCACCAGCCCUUCGAGGACUUUCCUCUACCUGUUUUCUCUCUACAGAAUCAGGAAAGAGUGAAAAGGGAGUUGCAUCAAAUCCCAAGAAGCAAAGUUCACCAAAAAAUGUAGUGGAAGCAAAGGAGAGGGGCAAGCUACUACCCACCCAAACAGCAGCUGAAUUGUCUAAAAAAUUACCUUGGCGCAGUUCUGACCCCCCAGUUGUGAAUAAAGCUGGGACGGCAGCUAGCCCCAGCCCCAACGACGACAUGCUGUCCACAGAUAAAGGGGUCCUGAAAUUUGUGUCAAGGAAGACUUUGGUAGAGUUUCCUCAAAAAGCAUCAUCUCCAUUCAGAAAACAGGAUUCAGAAACUCUCCAGAAGAACAGGAAAAUGACGGACGGUUCAUCUUCAUCAUCGUCUUUGUCCAGCUCCUCUGACGAGGAGUCUGACGAGGAGGAUGGCACCUCAGAAGUGGGUCCCCGAGUGGCGAGCAAAGCCAAAGGAGGACUUCCCAAAUCAGAGGCCUCCCCUUCCUUUGAAAUCAGAACCCCCAAAGCUGUGGCAUCAGAAAAAGAGAAGAGCUGGUCCCCGAAGCCACAUAUGAGCUGCACGUAUCCGGAGAAGCCCCAUCAGCCAUCGAAGAGAGGUAGAAAAGGUGCUCAGCUGGAAACUGCAGUGCCCAGAUCAGAAAUAGGUAAAGAUUUUUUGAAGCAAAAUGUAGAAGAAAAGCAGUUGCCAAAAGUAGUUAGAUUGAAUAAAAGAGAUAAAGAAAGCCACAAGCCAGUUGAGGUUAAAAACUUAUCUGACCACGCAGAAUCAGGAUUAUCUACGCAGCGGAGCGGGCACCCAGCGCCAACUGUAUUGACAGAAAAAACCAGGGCUGGAAAACAGCGGCAGGCAGCUCCUGAGACCAGAGAAUAUUUGGAAAAACAAGUUCCAGAACCUAAGCGGCAGGUGGCUUCUCCCCUGUUGAGAAAAGAAAAUUUGGGGACGCAGGUAGAAGUUGGGAAAUCAAAGGGAGCUUCUCAGACUAAAGAAGAAAUUUUGGGAGAUCAGCUACCAGCAGGAAAUUUGGAGAUGGUUCCUGUUAAGGACAAAGACCUUUUGGAUGAAAAGAUUCCAGUACCAAGCCUGGAGGAAAAGAGCGAAGUCACUCAGGACUCGGCAGCCGAAGUGGGAGACCAAGUCGGCAUACAGGAAGCUGCCGCGCCUGCCGAGCCUUUUGACAACUCCACCUACAAGAACCUGCAGCACCACGAGUACUCCACAUACACCUUCCUAGAUUUAAACCUGAAUCUCUCAAAAUUCAGAAUGCCGCAGCCGUCCUCGGGACGAGAGUCGCCUCAGCACUGAGAAGAUUAACCUCGGUCGCCUUUGCUGUGUUCUUGCCUGCAAAAUAAAGUUCGCUAAUAGCGGCAAGGCCUGGUGUGUACAGUUAGCUUCCCUUCGCGCCUUCGCUGUGAAUGGCUAAUUACAAGACUAUUACUGAUUAUUUAUUCAACAUGUAUUUAGGUAUGUCUGCUAUGUGUGAGGGAUUUUUCCUUAAUUAUGAAGUUAUAGCUAACUGGGCAAAUCCAUAAAAUAGAGAAUUGUAAGUGCUUUGUUGCAAUGUCACUCUACCCUGUUUCACCCGUCAAUUUCAUAUUAAUCUGAUUUACUCACUAGGUGUCAAUAAUGUAAUGGUGGCCUCUAAUUUUAUAGACCUAGUCCUUGAAAGAUUAGAAAUAGGAGUUGGCAGUUUUAACUGACUGCUGCAUUGCAAAGAGCCUAUCCUAUUACAACAGUCUGUUGUCUUGGGGGAGCAGAGUUGCUGGGUACCUGAUCACAACCCAGGGAGUCGUCGGGGCUGUGAUGGGGCAGAGGUGAAGCUUGUAGCCAUGGAGGUUUGUGGGCUGCCUGACUGUCUCCCCUCACUUACGCUGGCUUCCCCCACGCCUUUGCAGCCGGGCGUGGGAUUGGUUUGGUCUUGGGAUUUGAGUAGAGGAAGUUGUCUGUGUGCCUCCCACAUGCCCAGGCACCCAUGGGGCCGAAAUGCUCGGACUUCGAGAAACUAAGCAACAGUAAGGGCUCCAUUUGCUGGCACCAUGGCUGAGCGUGUGGCUGAUGGGCAGGGUGGGAGGGAGGCUGGCAGCCGCGCCUUCAGCAUGAUUGCAUUUCAUCUUGGGCUUUAUCUGCUGGUUCUCACCUUCCUCUCGCUGACUCGUUGAUGUGCCACAAUGUGUGGGUUUCAUUUAUUUCCUUGGAAUUCCAGUCUUUGGCCUCCAGUCAAUUCACUUACAGCAAACUCAUCACAUUUUCUAAUCCUACAUUUCUUAAAAUUAGUCCAAGUAAGGAUACCAAAAUUGGAAACAUUCAUAGUAGCGUAAUCAUUGCUCAGAUGCUUUUACCACCCAAGAGGCUUAGCCACUCAGCAAGAUUUUCCUAAUCACACUUAUAAAAGUGAAAGUCACAUUACCAAGAAGCGAGACAACAGAAAAGGAUCCACCACCCUAACCCAGCCACUGUUGACAUUUUAAAGGUUUCCCCACCUUGCUGCUGCAGCUGCCAUGUUAGAUGUUGCUACAUAACAUUCAGCGGUUUUCUCCCCAGCUUUUGUUCCCUUUAAUAGCCUGCUUCUCCAGCUGGGGUCCUGGGAGCCUCCAGGUGUGCAGUGGGGUGGGGGGAUGGAGCCACAUUGCACGUGUUCCUGGACUGUUAUGCCACAGAGUGCAAAAUGCUGAAUAUUAAAACGAGCUUGAAUAC